CUCGUUCGCAAGCAAUCCUCUGUGCAUCCCUUAUGUGACGUCUGGCUUUGUUGUUUCCUGCAUCAUCUCGUGACUGUGAGGAAGCUAUGCCCCGCACGUUUGCUGGCUGGAGAGGACAAUGAGAGUUUGUCUCUGUGCUCUGAGGCUCGAGAUCAGCGAUUCGGAAUGCGACGAACUGAAGCAUCUGCGAUACUCCUGUUUCCCAGAGAAAACAGAAGAUACUGAUAAGCAAGGUAAGAAAGCUCUGACCAGGGAAGAAAUUCAGAAGAACCAAGGUCAGAGGAAGACAAGGAAGAUCACGAUUGAGUCGUACGAGAUGGCCGAGGCGGAAAGGAAGGAGUCUGCAGUUCAGAGAGCUGGGAGUUUACCUCCCUCCGGAGGAGAGAAGAGGCGGGGUCGUAAGGGGAAGGAACUGCGAAGAUGUGGCGAUUCCUUGGAUCAGCAAGCCUUGGAAAGCGACAGGCCACCUCCUAGUGAUGAUGCGUUGGAUGACACGAUGUCAGUUUCCCUCCCAUUUAGAUCUGGGAACCCAUUUGUGGAGGUCACCGAAGGAAUCUUGCACUUCUACAAGGAGAAGAAGAACACAGAUACUGCGACCGAAAAGACUACUCUUUCCAGCGAGAUGCUCUGCAUGCUACGCGUCCCAGCCCUGAUCACCAGCCGUGACCUCCUCAGCUUCAUUGCCCCCUGUGCACCAGACAUUCAACAUGUUCGCAUCAUUCGCGAUUCCACCCCCGACGAGUACAUGGUCCUCCUCAAGUUCCGUUCAACGAGUGCAGCAGAAGAGUUCUAUAUCACCUAUAAUGGCUUACCAUUUACUUCACUCGAGGAAGACACCUGCAAUCUCGUGUGCGUGUCUCGUGUCGAGACGAUCAAGGAGUCCGAGGGUGGCUCUCUUCCUCUGGAGGGUCACACGGAGCUUCCAGUCUGCCCAGUGUGUUUAGAAAGAAUGGAUGAGUCAGUGGAUGGAAUUCUGACCAUUCUCUGCAAUCACUCAUUCCAUGGGAGCUGCCUUUCCAAAUGGGGUGAUACAAGUUGUCCAGUGUGUCGAUAUUCCUCAACUCCUGAACGGGAAGAAGAAAACCGGUGCUCUAUAUGUCAGGCGACUGGAGAAGUCUGGAUCUGCCUCAUCUGUGGCCAUUUGGGCUGUGGACGAUAUGAAGGGGGGCAUGCUCAUGAUCACUUCAUGCAGACACAGCACACGUAUGCCAUGCAAGUUGGCAGCAACAGAGUGUGGGACUAUGUUGGAGAUAACUUUGUUCAUCGCCUGGUUCAGAACAAGACUGAUGGGAAGUUAGUUGAGCUGGAUGGACAGGACAGGGAUGGGCAAGACACAAAGACUGUGGAUGGAAUGAGUCUUGGGAUGGAGGAGAAGAUGGACUCUGUGCGGCUUGAAUUCACGUACCUUCUCACAUCUCAGCUGGAGAAACAGAGACAGUAUUUUGAGGCUAAGAUUGCAAAAGUGGAGCAUCAAGCACAUGAAGAGGUUGGUGGGAAAAUCCAAGAAUUGAAAGAACGAGCCAAGAAAUUGGACAGUGAAUGCAAAAUGCUUAAGGACCAAUUGGAAUUGGUCACCAAAGAAAAGGGUGCAGCAGAGAGGAAAGUCAAUAACCUGACGGGGAGGCUGACCCGAAUGGAGGGUGAACUCAAGGAAGAAAGGGAAAUGAAUAAAUGCUUGAGGGAGAACCAGAGUGGAUGGCAGGAGAAACUGCGUGUGACACAGUCUGCAGCUGACAAGAAAGCCCAGGAAGUGGUGGAGCUGGAGGAGCAGCUUCGGGAUCUCAUGCUGCACCUUGAAGGAGCAGAGAAGCUGAAGGCAAUGGAUGCCUCCAAAGAAGGGGAAUUGAGGCAGGAGAUUCAGGAAGGAAGGAUUGUCCUUGGCAGCACCCCAAGCAAAGGAGCACGCAAGAAACGUACCCGUUGAGGGAAACACUUUGUGGCAAAGCCUGGUUACUCCUGCUUUGCCAGUUUCUCA